UUUCACUAGAACCAUCAUCAUUAUUUUCAUCUUGCUCAUAUGUAUAACAAUGCACAGUUUUUGGUUUAUUUUGGAUUGUAUUUUUCUAUUUUCCCUCGCGACUUGCCUCGUCCAAUGUGAAAAAUCCGAAAGAAAGAAGUUCCGAAGUGAUAAGAAAGCAAAACUAGUCGGUCCAAAAACGAAACCAUCUCAAAAGUCUGUGGAAAAUGUUCACUGCCCUGUUUCCCAAGCUCCUCCGACGUCAAUGCCAAUUGAGAGCUCAACUAAAAAAGCUUUUGAUCCGGAUACCGAUGACACAUUGGCGAAUGUUGUCUCGAUUCAGCCGGACUUGUCGACUGGAGCUCCACCAAUUCCCGCACAGCCUGAAUAACUGAAUUUGUAAAUAAACUUUGUACUUUU